GGGAGACCAGCGGAUAUAGUGAAUGCGGGGACCGGGGAGAGCGGAUAUAGUGAAUGCGGGGUCCGGGGAGAGCAGAUAUAGUGAAUGCGGGGUCCGGGGAGAGCGGAUAUAGUGAACGCAGGGACCAGGGAGAGACCGGAUAUAGUGAAUGCAGGGUCCGGGGAGAGCGGAUAUAGUGAAUGCGGGUCCGGGGAGAGCGGAUAUAGUGAAUGCGGGGUCAGGGGAGAGCGGAUAUAGUGAAUGCGGGGUCCGGAGAGAGGAUAUAGUGAAUGCGGGGUCCGGGGAGAGCGGAUAUAGUGAAUGCGGGGUCCGGGGAGAGCGGAUAUAGUGAAUGCGGGGUCCGGGGAGAGCGGAUAUAGUGAAUGC